UAGUCUGAGUUUUUAAACAUUUCGUUCGCUUUGUUCGAUCGAUCAAUCAAUCUUCCUUCAAUAUAAUGGCUAUUCCUCUUGUCAAUUUACUAAAUACGAUAGAGUUCCAUUUUCUACAACCUCUUCCAUGUUUGAGUUUUGAUGAUAGAGAAAUAAUGAUCGAAUCUUUGUGUAAGAAGCUCCGAUUUUUGCAAGCCUUUUUGGAGGAUUCUCAGAAGAACAACAUCAACUGCCCCGCAUGGAGAGGCUUGGAGACAGAGAUCAGAGAUGUAGCUGCUGAAGCAGAGAGCAAAAUUGAAUCAGAAUUAUAUCAACUCUACAACGAGGAAGACGCCCCUGUUGAGCCUUGUCAGAGUCUUCAUCAGAUCUUGCAACAAGUAACGCGAGACAUUGAAUCACUUGAACGGAGGAUUCUGCAGAUUCAGAUUGAGAGCAAUCGCAAUCACUCUGUAGAGCCGCCAAGAAGAAACGCAGCAAUACAGAAUAUCAAUGCUGAUAGCUCCUCCAAACGUUCUUCAGAGCCCAACAAUGUAAUGGUAGGAUGCGACGAUGAGUUUGAUACCAUCAUGCACAAGCUCAUUUCAGAUUCAAAUAGCCUGGAAGUCAUCUCAAUCACAGGUAUGGGAGGUAUUGGCAAGACUACUUUAGCUGAAAGAGUCUAUAAUGAUAAAGUCGUGAUUGCUUCUUAUUUUGACAUUCAAGCAUGGACUACUGUAUCUCAAAAACACAAUCUUAGAGAAAUGCUCUGUGACCUUCUCCGUUCUAAUGACACCAAUCGAGAUGUCUCUUAUCUAGCAAGUCAACUACGCCAAAAGUUGUUGGGUCAGAGGUAUCUCAUUGUCAUAGAUGAUAUAUGGGACACUCAAGCAUGGGAUGACAUUCAUAGAUGUUUCCCAGAAGAUUUAAAUGGAAGUCGAAUAUUGCUGACUACACGACUCAAACAGGUGGCUGACUAUGUUAGUUCUGGUAACAAUCUUUAUUCUAUGCGAUUCUUAAAUCUCAAUGAAAGUUGGAAUUUAUUUUACAAAAAGGUAUUUGUAGAAAAAAAAUUCCCCCUUGAAUUUGAGAAAGUUGGAAGAGGUAUUGUUGAAAAAUGUCAAGGAUUACCUCUAACAAUUAUAGUUGUUGCUGGGCUUCUUUCCUCCUCAUCCAACAAGCCAUCACUAAAUCAGUGGGAGAAUGUUGUUGCAAAUUUGGAUCUGUUACUUGACAUUGAUCCGGAAAAGAAAUGUUCAAAAAUACUCUCACUAAGUUACGACCACUUGCCUCCGCAUUUGAAAGCUUGUUUUUUAUACUUUGGAAUUUUUCCAGAAGAUAGGGCGAUUAAAGUGAAAAGGUUGAUUAAGCUAUGGAUUGCAGAAGGAUUCUUAAAGUUAGAGUUGAAUAAAAGCAUGGAAGAAGUGGCAUAUGAUUACUUACAGGAUCUUGUGGACAGAGGUCUAGUUCAAAUUGAUAAGUGGAGUAGUUUUGGCAACAAAAUCAAGUAUUGUAAGCUCCAUGAUGUGCUGCGUAGCUUUAGCUUGAGAGAGGCUCGGACGGAGAAGCUUUUGUAUGUUAUAAAUGAGAAUGAUAAUGUGCAUGAGCUUGGCGUUGGAUUAGCAGCAAGCAGCUUGGACCGAAAAGCUUGCCGUUGGGUCGUCAGUGAUCAAUUAAGCCAUAUAGAUGAUGAGCCAAUUAGUCGAUCAAGGUAUAUGACUCACACAUCCCAUGAAUUGCGAUCUUUUCUAUAUUUUCCUCAUAAUUAUGUCUUUGGUGUUCACCGCAAUUCCAUAAUACUUCCCUAUUCUAAACUGCUAAGGGUGUUGAGCAUAAGUGAAUCUCCUGAAUAUCACCUACCAAGAGAAAUAGUGGAUCUUGUUCAUUUGAGAUAUUUAGCCCUAAGAAUUCACCGGAGAGCAUCUAUUAAUAAUUACCAGUGGUGUAAGCUUCGAUGUUUGCAAACUCUCAUUAUUUUUGAUGAUUGGGCUUCUUUUUCACCAAAUAAUAUUUUGGGUAUGCCACAUAUAAGGCACGUUCAUUUCUCCCAGGGGAGUCUUAAGCACCGCCAUCUCCCAAAAUUGGUUCAAGGAAAUCUACAAACUCUAUCUUGGUUGAGUCUCCCUCAACGUUUCCAAACUGAGCCAGACUUCAAAGCGAUUCCAAAUGUGAAGGAACUUGGGAUUUACUUAAUGGGCUAUGAGGAGUCUUAUUUAAGUGAAGAAACUUGGGAUUUACUACCACCUAUUUCAAUGGAAGGUCUUCUCAAUUUGCAUCAGCUGGAGAACUUAAAAUUUGAAACAUAUCGAUUUUUUCCGAAAUGUGACAUCAAACUUCUAAAAGCUUUUCCACCAAAUCUCAAGAAGUUGACCCUCAAAGGAACAUUAUUUUCAUGGGAGGAUAUGACCAUUAUUAACGCAUUGCCUAACCUUGAGGUUCUAAAAUUGAGAGAGGAUGCUUUCUGUGGCUCAGAGUGGAAAGCAACAGGAAAUGGCUUCUGCAAAUUAAAGUAUUUGGAAGUUACUAAACUUUCAAGUCUCGAGCAUUGGAGUGUAGAUGCUGAUCAUUUCCCCAUUCUUGAAUGCAUAUCUCUUAAUUACUGUCGCCUUUUGGUGGAAUUUCCAACUGGUUUUGGUGACAUUAACACAUUGCAGUUAAUUGAUUUAAAGAAUUGUCACUCCCUCCUUGUGACUUCUGCUAAAAAUUUUCAAGAAGAGCGGCGGGAUCUUGGAGACGAUAAACUUGUUGUCCGUCAAUUUUAUACUCUCCCAAAGAAAAUUAUAGAUGGAUGGAAACCAGCUGACACCUCUACUAAAUGGAGCGCAACCCCUACUCCAAUUGAUUAGACAUUUGGUUCGAGAACUAGAUUUAAUCUUUCUUGAUUUAAGUCGAUCAGCUACAUUGGUGCAUAUAUUUCCUAUGAACUCGAGAACUGAUCGAAUGGCUUCAACAUGUUAGAUUUGGGAAGAACUUAUGAGUGUUAUAGGUUGAAAUUGAGAGGUGAAGAUCAGAGGGUGACAAAACAGGUGAUGCACAUGAUCCCAACAAAUGCCUUUUGGGCUUUAUUUGCACUGUAUGUACAUGUGGAAUUGCAAAUUGGAAAGAUAGCUACGAACCUAUAUAGUGUCUGGUUUACUUGUUUGGUGUGUAAUAUUAUUACUUUUUCUUCCUUUAAUUUGUAUCUCCUUUUAUAAGUCAGGUUUAUGUGAACACUUUUUUUUAAAUAUAAGGAAUGGUCGAGAAUGAAAUAACAUUUUUUUUUUUUGAAAA